AUGUUACAGGGUCAAUGCACUCACUACCAGGGUUUGGGUUUUGAGCCCCAGGCUGGUUUUGAAAAUGGAUCAAAUAUGUCCAUUGACACCAUGAAAAAAACUCACAAUGACCUGUGUUUCAUUCCAAACAUCUACGCAGCUCUGUUCACAGCAGCCCUCAUUCCUUUAAUGUGCUUGGUGGUGGUGUUUGUGGUGUUCAUCCACGCCUACCAGGUGAAGUCACAGUGGAAAGCGUAUGACGAUGUCUUCAGAGGAAGAACAAAUGCUGCAGAAGUCCCACUGGUUUUAUAUCUCUUUGCCCUGAUUUCUUUGACGUGGCUCUGGGGAGGCCUGCACAUGGCUUACAGACAUUUCUGGAUGUUGGUCCUCUUUGUCAUUUUCAACAGUCUGCAGGGACUUUAUGUGUUUGUGGUUUAUUUCAUUCUCCACAACCAGACCUGUUGCCCUAUGAAGGCCAGCUACACAGUGGAAAUGAAUGGGCACCCAGGACCCAGCACAGCCUUCUUCACACCAGGAAGUGGCAUGCCUCCUGCUGGAGGGGAAAUCAGCAAGUCCACCCAGAAUCUUAUCAGUGCUAUGGAGGAGGUACCACCUGACUGGGAGAGAGCAUCCUUCCAACAAGCCAGUCAGGCCAGCCCUGACUUAAAAUCAAGUCCACAAAAUGGCACCACGUUCCCUUCCUCUGGAUAUGGCCAAGGGUCACUGAUAGCUGAUGAGGAGUCCCAAGAAUUUGAUGACUUGAUAUUUGCAUUAAAAACUGGUGCUGGUCUCAGUGUCAGUGAUAAUGAAUCUGGUCAAGGCAGUCAGGAGGGAGGCACCUUGACUGACUCCCAGAUUGUAGAACUAAGGAGGAUACCCAUUGCCGACACCCACCUGUAGCACCCUAGCCACCAUUAAAAUGAGGAUCCUUUCAUAUUUGUAUUGACUUCGUACUAAAACUCUAUAAGUACAUGCUCCAUAUUGUAGGAAUCUGAAUUGUAGUGGAUGUUUAACCCAGAAGUGAUUGUUGUGUUUGGAAUGUAACACUUACCUUUAUGCAACUUGAAAAUUCACUGUUAUAAUGAAAAACUGGAUUGGUUUAAAUCUUUAAUAGGAUUUGCAUAUUCCAAGAAUAUUAGUUGUUUUUUAACCAUUCUACAUGGCUAACAUUGUUUAAUACAAGUAAUAAAUGAAUAAAAUCAAUAGAAUCCAUUUGCUGUCAUUAAGUUUCAUUAUU